AUGGCUACCGAAUCAGUUCCCUACAAUCUCAAAGAGCUCAUCGAAAUCGACAUGCUCACUGUCAUCGACAAGCCCAUCAUCGAUGAGGUUCUUGCUAAACCGCCCUUCAUAUCUAUCCCAGGAAUCAUCAAUCUCCGCGACAUUGGCGCAAAUGCCUCUCCGUUCCUCAAGCCCGGCUUGAUCUACCGCUCGGGGUCUAUCUCUUCCAUUCCUGAGGCCAGUCAAAUUCAGUUGAAGCAUGAGCUUGGUAUCAAGCUAAUCCUGGAUCUGCGAACCGAGAGAGAAAUCCAGAGGUCUCCAAAUCCAGUCAUCGAAGGGGUCAAGAAUGUACAUUUUGAGAGUAGUAGGGCACCGACUCCGAUUGACAUGGAGAAGUUUGUAGAAGAGAAUGGGAAAAGGGGGUAUGUGGAGAUAUAUGCGGAAAUCUUGGAGAUUCAUCGGCCAAGUAUUAAGGCUGCUUUAGAGUGGGUUAGGGAUGAGCAAAGUCCCAUACUGUUCCAUUGUACCGCUGGCAAAGACCGCACCGGCGUCCUAGCAGCCAUCAUUCUUGGUCUCGCUGGUGUACCGACCGAUGCAAUUGCAUAUGACUACUCGCUGACCCGGCUAGGCAUCGAGCCAUCUCGUGAGUCCCUUAUGGCUAUGCUAAAGAUGUGGAAUAAAGAUUGGGGUUUGGAAACCCCGGGCAUUUCAGGAUUCUCUCAAGUGAAGGGGAGCUUCAUGGUGGGAACUUUGGAAAUGGUGGAUGAGAAGUAUGGUGGGGUGGAGGGGUAUGUCAAGGGGGAGUUGGGAUUUUCGGACGCGGAUGUGGAGAGGACUCGAAAAGCAAUCAGGGGCGAGUAA